AUGACCACUAUCCUCCACUCCAUUCACAUCCUAUAUCUCUUCAUUGCCAGCGACUUCAAAACAAUCAUUAUUCCCACCACCAUUUUCGGCCUCGCCAACUCCCUCGCCGCUCAAUGCUACAACCUCCCACCCCCCGUCACACCCGCAUCCACCCGCGCCCCCCAAGCCCUAACCUGGACACUCCUCACCCUCAUCCCCUUCGCCAUAAGCAACCAACUCAGCCCCUCCGCCAUCGCCGAAGACACCCUCAACAAACCGUGGCGACCUCUCCCCCAAAACCGCCUCACCCGCACGCAAGCCAAGACCACCAUGCUCAUCUUCUACGCUCUGUCCCAAGCCCACGCCCUCCUCACCCGUACCGGCCACCGCCAAUCUCUCGCCAUGAUCCCCCUCGGCACCUACUACAACCACCUCGGCGGCGCAGACCAUCACCCCCUCACCCGCAACCUCACCAACGCCGCCGGAUACCUCUGCUUCACCACCGGCGCCAUGGAAGUCGCUCUAGGCUACCCCCUGCCGCUCACCCGCUUGCCCCCUCGUCUCACAGCCUGGCUCCUCCUCCUCGCCGCCGUCGUUUCCUCCACCGUUCACCUACAGGAUCUCUAUGACCAGAACGGGGACCACCUGCGCGCCCGUCGCACCCUCCCACUUGUCAUCGGGGACUCCGCUGCCCGCUGGGCUGCUGCCUUGCCUAUGCUGCUCUGGGGCGUCGCAUGUCCGGUUUUCUGGCGGGUGGGCCCCGGGUUGACGAUUUAUAAUCCCGCAUGCUAUCUUUGGGAAUAUGUAAGAAUAAGGUUAGCCUGCACUAGCUGUACUGUCACUACAUGGCACUAUGUAUGGAAAGACGGUCGCCAUAAUUGA